AAUUACCCCAUACUCCCUGCAGGCCCCUUUAAUCUUCAAAAGAUAAGGCAUUAAAACGAAAUAGAAACCACCACCACCCAUCCAAUUCACUUCAUCAAUUUAUUUCAAGAAACCUGUUCUGAUAUCGGAGGUGCUCAAAGAUGCAAAAUCUAAGGCUUAAUCUCCAUUUCAAGCAUCCAAAUCUCAGCACUCCAACUGCAAAUCUUCUCUCUCUCGUCCCAAUCAAAUCCAAAUCACAGUUUAAAUACCCAACAAAAAAUGGAUGCUCACCACACAUUCCAAAGACUAUAAGCAUCCCUAGAAAAAGAAUUAGUCAUCCCAGAAAUUCAAGCCGUUUUCAAAAUUCCGACAAGCUAGAAAAUUUCUCAAAAGAAAGGUUUUUCCCAGUAAGCUCAGAAGAAUACUCAAAACUUGUAAUUUUGGGGACUGUUUCUGUAGGACUUGUUAUUUUUCUUAUGGGAAUUGAUGAGCAAAAGGCUUUGGCUUUGGGGCCUGAAGGGCCAUUGAUGGAAGAUUUUUGGGAUAACAUGAGGAGAUAUGCACUGUAUGCUUUGACAGUAAGUACUGGUGUUAUUUACACUGUUUUUCAGCCUAUUUUUGAGUUGUUGAAGAAUCCCAUUUCUGCAAUUCUGGUCUUGACAAUAAUUGGAGGAAGCAUUUUCAUUGUUUCCCAGGUUGUAUCUGCCAUGGUUGGUCUGUCUGAUUUUUCUUAUGAUUAUAGCUAUUAGAAUCAAAGUGUUCAUUCAGAUGGGGGCUUUUGGUUUUGUAUUUUUAGUUUCAAUGUUGAAUACUUUUCAUAUUUAUAUAUGAAUAUUACCAGUAAUUUGAGUGUUCCCCUGCAUAGACUUAGUGGUAUUUGUACUAAUCUCAUAUUUAUCUAUUUCAUUGAAGUUCACAUCA